UCGACCCCGCCUCCACAAUGGCCGCCGCCUGCCGCCGCGGCCCCUAAGAGGCUGCGGGGUUGCUGGUCUCCACGACCCAUUCCCGGCUGCUGGGGCCGCCUGCUUGUGGCGCAUGGGUCUUCUCCUAGGCGGGUCCCCAUGCGCUCGGGCCAUGGCGCGCUUGGGCGCUGUGCGCUCCCACUACUGCGCGCUGCUGCUGGCCGCGGCGCUCGCCGUCUGUGCCUUCUACUACCUGGGCUCGGGUCGGGAGACCUUCUCCAGCGCCACCAAGAGGCUGAAGGAAGCCCGCGCCGGGGCCCCCGCCGCGCCCUCGCCGCCUGCGCCGGAGCUGGCGCGCGGCUCUGUGGCGCCGGCAGCGGGCGCCAAGGCCAAGAGCCUGGAGGGCGGCGGGGCCGGGCCGGUGGACUACCACCUGCUGAUGAUGUUCACCAAGGCGGAGCACAAUGCUGCGCUGCAGUCCAAGGCCCGCGUUGCGCUGCGCUCGCUGCUGCGCCUCGCCAAGUUCGAGGCACACGAGGUACUUAACCUGCACUUCGUGAGCGAGGAGGCCAGUCGCGAGGUGGCCAAGGGCCUGCUGCGGGAGCUACUGCCGCCCGCCGCCGGCUUCAAGUGCAAGGUCAUCUUCCACGAUGUCGCUGUGCUCACGGACAAGCUCUUCCCCGUCGUGCAGGCCAUGCAGAAGCACUUCAGUGCUGGCUCGGGGACCUACUACAGCGACUCCAUCUUCUUCCUCUCGGUGGCCAUGCAUCAGAUCAUGCCCAAAGAGAUUCUGCGGAUCAUUCAGCUGGACCUCGACCUGAAGUAUAAGACCAACAUCCGGGAGUUGUUCGAGGAGUUUGACAAUUUCCUGCCAGGUGCUGUCAUUGGUAUAGCCAGAGAGAUGCAGCCGGUGUACAGGCACACGUUCUGGCAGUUCCGCCACGAGAACCCCAAGACCAGGGUGGGGGGCCCGCCUCCUGAGGGGCUCCCUGGCUUCAACAGCGGGGUGAUGCUGCUGAACCUGGAGGCCAUGCGCCAGUCCCCGCUCUACGGCCGCCUGCUGGAGCCCGCGCAGGUGCAGCAGCUCACGGACAAGUACCGCUUCCGCGGCCACCUCGGGGACCAGGACUUCUUCACCAUGAUCGGCAUGGAGCACCCCGAGCUCUUCCACGUGCUCCACUGCACCUGGAACCGGCAGCUCUGCACCUGGUGGAGGGACCAUGGCUACAGUGACGUCUUCGACGCCUACUUCCGGUGCGAGGGUCAUGUCAAGAUCUACCAUGGGAACUGCAACACCCCCAUCCCAGAGGACUAGUCCGUCCUCGCCUGCCGCGUCCCGGGGGCCCCCAGAUCCAGGGAGGAGGGGGCACGCCGCGGGCAGACCCCGGGCAGGUCUGAGCGCCUGCGGGGACACUGCGGAGGCGUCUCCCUGGGCAAGGUGCUGCACGCUGCCCACUUGCUGCUCCACAUCCUGACGCCACUGAGCCAGGACUGGCCUGGGCGUGGCUGGUGCUUGGGACAUCUCCCUCCAAGAUGGCCAUGGGGACAUCUGCCAGUGAGCCAGGAAGCAGGGCUGAAGAGAAGGAAGGAAAAAUCUGGUUCCCCUUCCCUGCAGCCCCAGGGAAUGGAGAGCCUUUUGAGAACCAGCCCCUCUCAGAGCAAAGAUAGAUGCAGCUUGCAUUGACAGGCUCUGGUUUUGCUAAAGGACAAGCAGUACUGUGGCAGCUCCCAGUGAGCUCCAAAGGAUUGGACCCGGGUUCUAACAAGCAGCCGAGUCCCAGCCUGCAGACGCCAGGCCUCCACAGUCUCACCUGGAAGGCCGUGUGCUGGGUCCCACGGCACUUGGUGCAGGGUGAAGUUUGCCACCUGCUUGGGGAAGGCUCUCAGGGCCACGUAAGCAAAGUAGGCCCGUUACUGAAGCAGUCACAGCUGCUGUCUUCAGCUGCAUCCCAGAAGCCACUUGGUUAUCUUGUGUUCAUCCAGGCCAGCUCCAGACUAUGUUCGGAACCCAGCCCUCCAUCAAGAGCAGAAACUGGCCACCCCUGAGGACGUGCGACACCGUUGUCUGGGCCAGGGACGCUCAUUCUAAGGAGGCCCCCAGUCGUCCACAGGGGCAGCCGUGUGGGCUGGGAAGGGGUGUCGCUCAUGGGCUUGUAAGCAUUCCUGUCUCUGGGUUUCAGUAGAAAUCUAUCUCCCUUGCGACUUUGUCACGGCCCACGCCGGACAAGUACCCUAAUAGAAAUUAGAGUUCCGUGUCUUUAUUGCUUUUUUGAUGGGUUCUCCUGUACGUAAGCAGCAAACUUGAACCCCCUGGUGGUCCAUUUCGUGUAGCCCAGCUGAGGCCCCUGGGGGACACUGUUGUGGGGUCUUCAUCUUAACUGUGUUUCAAGUUCAUUUACUUCUUGGCUCUCCACCACGAGGGAGACUAGCUAAUAAAGGAUCUUUGAGAACCCA